AUGAGGAAUUGGUUUCUAGAAAUUAUAGUAGUAGACUCAUAUGCCUGGGGCUUGGGACCCACAGUCCUGGAUAACUCAACCAAGGAAAAGGUCAUAUCGCACUCUGUGAUAAAGUCGGAUGACCCAGAAUGGUUCUUCUUCUGCCCUCGUGAUAAAAAAUACCCAAAUGGUCAUCGCUCUAAUCGAGCCACAGAAGCAGGUUAUUGGAAAGCCACAGGCAAGGAUCGUGCUAUAAAGUCUCGGAAGGGUCACUCUGAUGCCUACUUAGUUGGCAUGAAGAAGACACUAGUUUUUCACAGGGGUCGUGCUCCCAAGGGUGAACGUACAAACUGGAUAAUGCACGAAUACCGUGCUACGGAACCGGAUCUUGAUGGCACUGGUCCUGGACAGGUAGACUAUGUCCUAUGCCGCUUGUUCCACAAAGCAGACGAGGAAGUACACAAUUCAAAAUGUGGUGAAGUUGAUUGUAAUAGAUCAUUUCCUUCGACAGACAAAUUGUCCCCCGACGAUGUCUCAUCAGGUCUGUGCCGAGAACCUGCGAUGCUUGAUAUAAUCAGUGGCCCACAUGACUCCAAGAAAUGGUUGACUUAUGAUGCUGACUGUAUGACUUCUACUAACCCAGUCCCGGUUGAAAGCUGUGCAUCUGAUGGAGUGUAUGCCCCAGUAAGACAAGCCUCAACGUCUGAAGAUGCUGCAUACAACCCAUUCGAAGACAAGGCCUCAGGCCCUGUCUUCUCAAACAAUUUCUCUGAGUUAGGAGCUUGUGUUUCCCCUUUUGCUGAUGACUUUGGCAGCGAACAAAAUGGAUUGAAUUUUCAAGACGGUACAUCGGAACAGGAUGCAUCCCUGUCAGAGCUUUUGGAAGGUCUUCAAAACCAUGGGAACUGCUUUGGCGAAGCAUCAACUGGCUCCAUUUCGAAAUUGUUUACUAGAGAGAGCUCUAAUACUGGAGAAGUUGAUGGCCUAAAGCAACUACAAGUGCCAUCUACAAAUGAUUUUAAAUUCCAAGGGAAGACGGAUAGAAAAAUCGUUCCAACUCAGGGUCAGCGACCUCCAAGUCUUUUACCCAUUGCACCCUCUGCUGAUCAGUCCCAGACCCAUUAUGCUGUUGAAGAAGCUGGUUCAUCUGUCCAUACAGCUAGGGGUUCAGGAUAUGAACCAGUUGAGACAUUAUAUCAUAAUAAUCCUAUCAGAGACAACAGCACAGAUGUUAGUAAUUCGGGAAUCAAGAUUCAAUCUCGUGAGCCACGAAAGAAGCCGAGUUAUACAGCUCAAGGAACUGCACCAAGGAGAAUCCGUUUGUGGAUUGGCUGUAGGAAGAAAUCUGUAUGUGGUGAAUCAUCUAUUGACAACAAACAUGAAGCACAAUCACCUAUUAGACAGGUCCAUAAAGAUGCUGAUAGAACUUCCAAGUUUGUGGAGUCUGAUAAUGAAAUUCCUAAUGAGAAUCAGGAGAGUGCUAAAAACGGCAAUUCAAGAUUGGCUGUGAAAAUUUCAAGGAGCUGUGGGAAAAUGGGAUCAUAUAUGUUAGCAGCAAUUUCUGUUCGCCAAGAUUCUAGUCUACACGUUCGGGAAGGGUUUGAGUCGAGUGCUGGUCAGGACCACGACUUACGGUGGAGUGAUGUUUUCGACAAACCUCCACGCAGGGCCGAUGGCGGCGAGCGCACGGGCGAGGAAACCCUAGGAGCGGUCCGAUUUCGCGGCCGACAAAGGCCUGGGGAGGGUUUUGACUACAAAUUUUCGCCCAAUCGCUCAGCCCUAGACGAUGAUUUCCGGCUAAUUGCUUCAGGCCUCAAGGGGUUCAAUCGGCCGCGCCGCUGCUGGGACGAUGGGUGCGAUGCUGCCAGCAUCGGCGGCGCAUACCGACAGCGAAUGGAGGCGCCUGUUUUGGACGAGUUUCACUUACCCAUGAGAAUAUUCCGGCAUGCUGAUGCGGGCUGGGGUCGAGAUGGACGCCGCUUCGCUGAGGACGCCGAUUACUACCAUGGUCGCGGCGCCUGGUCGGACCUCCAAACCCUGGGUGGAUUCAAGCCACGAGAACUUCAUCGGCUAGAAGGAGGUCUUGCAGCGUCCUGGGCGUUUGACGGGCGACGCACCGCUGCGGGAUGGCCUGAUGUCCUUGGGCGCCUCCGGCGAAGGACCGACGCCAGAUUAGCAGAGGUGCAGAAACAAAAAUGUAGAGGAGAAGGGAUGGCAGGCCCAAUUCCAUUUAUUGGGACCAAGGAAUGA